CAUUCGCUACGAGAUCAACCACGAUGCAGCAAUUACUCUUCGCUGUUGUGCUCUUCGAGGUUGUUGUGAUAAUGGCGCUUUCGUUCAAGACGCCGAUUCGGAAGCUGCUGAUCAUGAGCUUAGAUCGUGCCAAGCGUGGCCGUGGACCUGUGGUGAUUCAGACUGUUUCGGCGACGGUUAUCGUACUUCUGGUGGCGAGCGUGUACAAUAUGAUGGGGAUCCAGAAGCGUUGGAUCGAGGACGGUGCGGUGAAUCCUACAGAUGAGGUUAUAAUGGCUAAGCAUCUCCUUGAAUCGACUCUCAUGGGUGGUUUGCUAUUCCUUGGACUAAUGAUAGACAGGCUACAUCAUUACAUGAGAGAACUACGCAUAAGAAGGAAGACUAUGGAAGUUAUAAAGAAGGAAGGAGCGUUAUUGGAAGGUGUAAAGGCCAGAGGUUUAGAUGAAAUUAAAACCUUGAAAGAAGAAAUAAUGUCGCUUCGGAAGAGGCAAGAGCAGCUGGACUCUGAGCUGGAAGCAAAGUCUAAAGAAAUCCGUACAGAGAAAACCAGUGCAGUUGCUCUCCAAAAGCAAUCUGAAGGGUUUCUUAUUGAGUUUAACCGGUUGCUUGAGGAAAACCAGGAUCUUCGAGAGCAAUUGCACACUGUGGAUUCAAAACUUUCGCGUUCAAGCAGCAAAAAGAAUACUUAAGAGACUCUACUGCAACAUUUUAGAAUCUGUGUGAUGCUGCCAGUUGAAUAUAUUUGUUGAGUUUGAUAUCGGAAGCUUGGGGUUUGGUGUUAUUGCAUCUUGUUAACAUGGAAAGAUGAUGGGGAAAGAUCAGAAAAUACAAAACAAUGAUAGGUUUGCUUCUUAUUUGAGUGUUAGUCAAAGUAGAAAUGAUCAAUUCUUCUACACUAGGAAAAUGUAACUGGUUCGUUUUACAACAAAAACUAUUCGAAUUGGUUUUUAUUUCCUA